AUUUGUAGUACGGUUAAUUGUGUAAACGCAAUUCGAUUUUUUUUUUUCGGAAAUAUGUUUCCACCGCUAAAGGGUAUAUUUUUUUUUACCGUUGCACCCACGCAUCGCCUCCCUCUGCCGCUGCUGCCUCCCUUGUCGCCUCGUUCCUGCCUGCGCACGAAAACCUCUCGCCCUCGCCCUCUCAUUCUCCUGCUCCCCUCGUCGCCUCUCUCGCCCUCUCAUUCUCCUGCUCCCCUCGUCGCCUCUCUGGCCCUCUCACUCUCCUGCUCCCCCCAUCGUCCAUCUCGCCCUCUCACUCUCUUCCUCUCCUCGUCGUCUCUGUCGCCCUCUCACUCUCCUGUUCCGGCCGCUCUAUCCACUGAAGUAGAUGAUCCUGACUGCAGCAGCUCUCCUUUUCAACUCUUCCGGAGUCCAAUCCCAAAAAUAAGUGCCUCGGAAGCCUUCUGAAAAACCCUCGAGCAACACUGGCGAGCCUCCGUGUUGAGGUCGGCGUUGAAGUCGAUCAAGGAAAAGGGUCUCCUUAAUGUGGUGAGGGAGCUCAAGAAUGAAGGAUACUCGUAAUUGGAGAACGUUGUUCACACUACGACCUUUUAGUAUGUAAAGUAUGUAGAAAAAUCUGAGUGGAUAAAUUUGCUGCACAGACCAGUUUACCUGAAAAUUUCCUUGAUACAUAUUCUCCCAUACAACAUUAGUUUCACCCGAGCUAGGAGGAUUCUAUCACUGUUUGGCAAGCUUGGCUGCUUGUGAAGAAGAUAGUGUCUGGCUUCUCACAAUGCCGUCAUUGUGAAGAGGUGGUUCAUUGCAGCAGUUUACCAGCCUCCCUCUCUUGAAUACAGGUUCUCCCACUUCUUAAGCGACAACUGAGCUCUUAUUGGCAGUCAUGGCUUAUUGUAACUUGGUGGUAUCUUUAACUUGAAACAGACAAUAAAAUGUUUCAUGAGUAUUACCUCUCCUCAUCCAUAACGCAGAUCCAAUCUGAUCUCCUCGCUUCCGCGAGACUUGUUUGUCCUGUCUGACAUUGUUCCAGUUUACAGCUUUUGCAGUCUUGUCAACCCAGCAAACCAAGGUCUCUCUCCCUUUAUCUCUGUGCACUAGCUGUAGGAUACUGGCCUAAAGGUCAAAGGUUGCUGUCCCUUUGUUGCCUUGUCUAUCCCACUUUCCAUCCAUAAUCUGCAGCCCUAGUAAUGGCUUAUGUUUCUAUCUUUUUUAGAGUGCCACCCAAGUUUCCUAGCUCCUUCCCUAUAUCUCAAGCCCCAUUUGUUCCCUACCUUGCAAGAAGAGCUUCCUCUGCUUCUGCUUCUGCUUCUUCUAGCCAAACCCAUAGCACCACCUUGUCGAAAUCCCUUCAACAAGAAAACUAUGAGGCCAUCAUUGGUAUAGAGACCCACGUCCAGCUCUCUACCCUCACCAAAGCCUUCUGCAGCUGCCCCUACCACUAUGGUUCAGUACCCAACACCCACAUCUGCCCUGUCUGCAUGGGGCUUCCCGGCUGCCUCCCUGUUCUCAACUCUAAGGUCAUUGAGUUUGCUGUCAAAUUAGGCCUUGCUCUCAAUUGUAAACUGUCUCUGAGGUCCAAAUUUGAUCGGAAGCAGUAUUUUUAUCCUGACUUGCCAAAAGGUUACCAAAUCUCUCAGUUUGAUGUUCCAAUUGCUAGCCAUGGGUACCUUGAUGUGGACCUGCCAGUUGAGUUUGGAGGGGGGCACAGGAGGUUUGGUAUCACCAGAGUUCAUAUGGAAGAGGAUGCAGGGAAGUUAAUUCAUGCUGCCAGUGGAGGCUAUUCACAGGUGGACCUGAACAGAGCUGGGGUGCCUUUGCUUGAGAUUGUAUCUGAGCCUGACAUGAGGAGUGGUUUGGAGGCUGCAGAAUAUGCAGCAGAAAUACAGAGAUUGGUCCGCUAUAUUGGAGUUAGCAAUGGCAAUAUGCAGGAAGGUUCAUUGCGCUGUGACGUGAAUGUGUCUGUACGACCAAAAGGACAGGCCAAAUUUGGAACAAAGGUAGAAAUUAAAAAUAUGAAUUCAUUCUCAGCAAUGCAAAGGGCAAUUGACUUUGAGAUUUCUAGGCAAAUUUCCCUUUACAAUGAGGGCCAAGAAAAUCAAAUAAUACAAGAAACUCGACUCUGGGAAGAAGGAUCUCAGAGAACAGUAAUUAUGAGAACAAAGGAAGGACUUGCAGAUUAUAGAUAUUUUCCUGAGCCAGACCUUCCAGAUGUUGUAAUCACUGAGGAUUAUGUGCAUAUUCUUCGGUCUGGACUUCCAGAACUUCCAGAUACAAAGAGGAGGCGAUAUGAGCAACUGGGUUUGACCAUGCAAGACGUUUUGUUCCUGGCAAAUGAUGAUAAUGUUGCUGACUUUUUUGAUGCAACUAUCACAAAUGGUGCUGAUAUCAAGCUAGCUGCUAACUGGAUCAUGGGUGAUAUUGCUGCCUAUUUGAAAAACGAAAAGUUAUCAAUAAAUGAGAUCAAAUUAACACCUCAUGAACUAGCUGAACUUAUAGCUUCCAUUAAAGGUGGAACAAUUAGUGGCAAGAUUGGCAAGGAGAUACUGUUUGAAUUGAUAGCAAAAGGUGGAAAAGUGAAGGCAUUGAUUGAAGAGAAGGACCUUGUUCAGGUAUGAAGACACAUGGUUUCGGUUGCAUUCAUCUCCUUAUAAUCUAUGUCACAUAGGUACGGGUGCGGGUGCCGGUACGGGUACGAAUCAUUUUCCAAAAACUUGAGUGCAGGGAGCAUGGGUUUGGUGACUCCUCCAGAAAGAUUGCCAAGUCAGAUCUGAUCUGAGUUUUUCAGGAAAGACAUCUCUUAUUCCCCAUCUCUUCUAUUCUUCCUACUCUUUAUCUUUUGUCCCUCUCUCUCUGUCCUUUCUAUCUGUGUUUUUCUCUACUCCAUCUGGUUUAUUCUUUGCGUUAUAGUCGUUCGUCAAGCAUAGAAUAGUGGUGAAUUAUCAGGACGUGUUUAAAAGAAACAAGAAAGGGUGCUGAACGUCCUUUUCUUCCUCCUAUUUUCUGCUCUCCUUUUCUUCAGCCUAAAACAGAGUUGAAUCUGUCUAUAGAGCUGUGUUGAAAUAAUUAAGAUGUGCUCUAAGAAGUGUUAAACGUUUUUAUUUAUUAUUCAUUCUAUUCUCUGCCAUAUUUUCUUCAGCCUAUAUUAGAAUCAAAUCGGCGCAUGUUCUGCCUUGUUUUUAGUUUGGUUAUAGAAUUCCAUCUCAUGUUUUUCAGUAGAAUUAAAUAUUCAUUGUGUCAUUAAUUUCUUAUCUGUUUCACACGGUCUUAGUUCUCUGCAUAGCAGGGAUUCUAUUAUGUGCAUAGCAGGGACUCAAUAAGGCCCUUCAGGAAAAAAAAAAAGGGCGAAUGAUUGUCUUUCUUGCAGCAUUCUGGUUGACGACAUAAGAAAGUUUUCCUUCCCGUUUAUUCAUGGAUUCUACUUCUAACAAUGGCAUUUCUUCUAGUUUCUUGACCCAACUUGUUUCCCAAAAGCUUACCCAUACCAAUUAUCUGACCUGGAAAUGACAAAUAGUUCCUUUUAUAAGGAGCCAUGAUCUGUUUGGGCAUGUAGAUGGAACUUCCCUUGCCCCGCUUUCAGGAAGUGAAGAAUGAUAAAGGAGAGUCAUCUAUCACAACAGAGCGGAAUCCAAACUAUGUUAAGUGGAUGAGGAGUGACCAAUCUCUUGUAGCAUAUAUCACUUCCACCCUUUCAUAUGAAGUGAUUGCUACUAUUUUUGAUGAUCUUAGUGCAGCAGAGUUGUGGGACAUACUUCUAAACAAAUAUUCUCAGGUUUCAGAGGCGUGAGUUCUACAAUUAAAGCGAGAAUUUCAAAAUCUCAAGGAUUGAUCAAAACCUUCAUCGAAUAUUUGGUUCAAAUGAAGGGGAUCACAAAUCAGCUUGUCGUGAUUGGGAAUGCAGUUUCAGACCGUGACAAGGUUCAACAGAUCUGAGUGGGCUAGGCCCAAAGUAUGAUAUGUUUUGUACUACUUUAGAAGUUUUUCCUAUUCUUCCUAGUUUUGAAGAACCCAAGGCUAAACUUCUUCAACAUGAGUUGAGUAGAAAACAAAUCUCCGAGAUUAAUGAUGAAGGUUCUCACAGUGGGCUAAUGACUGACAGUAGAUGUGGAUAUGGUUGUGGAGGUGGAGGUUACCGAGGAGGACGAGGGCAUGGCCAUUUUGGUCAGGGUGGCAGAGGAAUUUUACCAACUCCUAUUAUCCCUCUAGGAACCGAGAAUCACAAGAGAAUUCUCACCUAUUUCUUAUGCAACAAGAAAGGUCAUGUAAAGGCAUAUUGUUGGUACAAUCUGAAAAAUACGGGAAAGACAUACAAACAAGAGAACAAGCAAGGAGGAAUGUUGACGACACAAGGUCAGCUAAAUCUGUGCCUAAUGAUGUGCAGUAAAUACUUAUGACAGCUCUUUCAAGGAUGCAUUUCAAGCAAAAUGAUCAAGGACAAUGGUACAUAGACUAUGGGGCUGCUACACACAUCAUUGGAGAUGCAGGACCUUCGACCAAAGAAGAUGUUUGCUAAGGGAAAGAAACAAGGGAAUAUGUACGUUUUCAAGGAAGCUCCGGUAUCCUCGGCCAUAGUCACUUCUUCGAUUGGCUCAAUAAUUCCUUCUCUAGUCUCUACUUGAUCUUCUGAACUGUAGGUUCAGAGUCUAGAUGUCUUGAAUUUGUUUCAAUGUAAUAAGCUUGAUUUAUGGCAUAAUAGUUUGGGUCAUUGUAGUCAGAAUUUUAUUGAGAAACUUAUUGCAGAUGAUCUUAUUCCAAGGUCUAGUUUAGAGUCUGCCUUAGAAGUCACUAAGUGUUCAAGUUGUCAACUUUGCAAGAAUGACGAGUCAUGUUCUUCCAUUUCAUAUUUUGAAUAAGAGAGAUUUUAAACCUUUUGAGAGUAUUCAUUCUGAUGUAUGGGCACCUGCUCCAAUUCCUUCCUUGUUUGGCAGCCAUUACUAUGUUUUUUUUGUCGAUGCCUUCUUGCCUUAUACUUGGAUACAUUCUAUGAAGCAUAAAUUUGAAGUUUUCAAACUUUUCCAAGACUUUUACGCCCUAAUUCAAAAUAAAUAUUUGUCUAAUAUUGUGCAUUUUCAGUGUGAUGGUGGAAGAGAAUACCUCUCCCAAAAUUUUACUGAAUAUCUUCGAAAUAAUGGGUUAACUAGACAAAUAUUUUGCCCUCAUACUCCUCAAUAAAAUGGGAUAGCGGAGCGAAAACACCAACAUAUUGUAGAGACAGCUUUGAGCAUGACGCAUGAUAUCAAUGUACCAACCAGCCUUUGGACGGAGGCUUUUCAUACUGCUGUCCACAUCAUAAAUCAACUUCCCAUGAGUAUUUUGGAAAAUAAGUCUCAUUAUGUUCUUUAUGGUCAACAUCCUCCGAAUAAUGACCUUUGUGUGUUUGGUUGUGUUUGUUAUGUUCACAUGCAUUCUUCUUGAGAAAUCAGUUUCAGGAUAAAGUUUUGAAGUCCAAGUUUGUCGGAUAUCCGAUGAGUAUAAGGGAUAUAGAUGUUAUGAUCCUAAUAGUAAGAGAAUACGAACUUCACAGAAUGUGGUAUUUGAUGAAUAUGAGUUUGACAAGAAAUGUCACCCCAUUGAUUCAAUCUCGCUGCAGAAGUAAAUCUACCACCUGUGGUUGAAUUCAGAACUUUUGUGGAGAAGUCAUGCACAUCAUCUUGUCCUCUUGUAAAUGCGCAGUCAGAAACCGUUCAAAUAUAGUGAUAGUUAUAAUUUAGAUCACAGUCACAAAAAACAUGUUUUUUUUUUAAAAAAAAAUGCGAUAAAUUUUAAAACUUAAAAAACACAUUUUUUUUAAAACAUUAAAAAUGAAAAAAAAAUCGUUAAUGCGUUUUUUUGCGCUUUUUCACUUUUUUUUUCAUUUUUUAUUUUUUUAAUGGCAAACAGUUUUUUUCAUUUUCUAUUUUUUAUUGUUGCAAAUGUACUUAUCAAUGUUGUAAGAAGCAUAUUGUAAGUCGUAUUGGUCAGGCCAAUAGAUACGUCGUAUCGUAAUGUACCGUAUGUGUAUUUUAAAUUUAUUUUUUAAUUCAAAAAAUAGAGAAAAAUCAGAUAAAUUAAGAAAAAUAAAAAUUAUGUUUUUUUAAUGUUGUACAUAAUAGCAGGCUUAUUGUAGGUAUGAAGUUACUUCACAAACAUUAAUAAGUGGUCAUAAUAUCGUAUAGCAACACAACAUAAACAAAGCCGUCAAGAAAUAUAAUUUAUAAGAUAAUCUACAUUAAUAACACAUAAGUAAGUCAUAAGAUCCAUAACGCAUCAAAAACCAAGUUUUAUGUACACUAUACAUCACAUCACAAGACAAAAUUGUUCAAUGUUAAUGUAAAUAACAAAUGAAAACAGCUUCAUUCAUAAUCUUUAUCAUCUCAUUCUCAUUUUCAUCUUUUGUAGAAGAUAUAAACCCUCUUUAUCUAAAAAAGAAUCAAACAUCCGUGCAUAAAUCUGCCCUCAAAUUGACGAUUUCAUAGUGAAACUGAUUAUUCCUUUUGAAAAUUGCCACAAUCUCCCCCUUCUUCAACUAUUAGAUAUGUUCAAAAAUGAAGUGGGAGGCAAGUUUUAAAAAUUAGUUUGAAAAAAGGUGGUUUGAACUUUGAACCCCAUAUUUUUCAAAAUAGACAUGUAUUGUGCAAUAUGGUGUGUAUCGCCCUAUAUCGUACGAUACAGGCUAUGUAUCGCACGAUACAUGUGAUACACGUACGAUACACCACCCGUUUGUGAUACAAGUGGUGUAUCGUAUCGUAAAUUUAAACGAGACGAUACGUAUCGUAUGAUACGUACAACACUAGUGCUUAUCUUUUGAUGUUUGUGUUAUUAGUUUCUCACUUUUUAUUAUUUCUCUAUUUUUAGUUUUUUUAAAUUUUUAAAAAUUUACCAUAUUUUUUCUCUUUUUUUAUUAUACCCGAGAAAACCUUGCCGUUUAAAACACCAAACCAUUAUCUAUGACUAUGAUUUAGAUCUACCCAAGCCGAAUGAUGGUUCUUAUGUGGAACAAGCUGCUCCUCAAUGGUUGUUCUGUUUUGUCUAUCAUAGAAGAGAUCGGGACACAAGUCAUGAAGGAAUCAAAGAGCCUAUAAGAAGAUUAGAGUGCAUCGUCAUCCCAUUGAUUGUUGGGUUAGUUGUAAAAAUUUUUCUCUGGAUUUUCAGUUGUUCAUGGCACAAACUACUAAACAUGAAGAAUCUGUUUGUUACAAUCAAGCCUCCAAAACUCGUGAAUGGGUAGAAGCUAUGAAUGAAGAGAUGGAGGCACUCUAUGAGUGCAAGUCUUGGGAAAUUGUUCCAAGGCCUCAAGGGAAGAAUGUAGUCGGCUCCAAGUGGGUUUAUAAAGUCAAACACAAACCAGAUGGAAGUAUUGGUAGGUACAAAGCGAGAUUGGUAGCUAAGGGUUUUACACAAUAAUUUUGACAAGACUAUGAUGAGACAUUCAGUCCAGUGAUAAAAAUGGACACAAUUCGCAUCAUCAUCUCAUUGGCAGUUGAUCAUGGUUGGAAGCUUAGCCAACUGGAUGUUAAAAAUGCAUUCUUCCAUGGAGACUUGAAAGAAGAGGUAUACAUGAAACAACUGCUAGGGUAUGCAGAGAAAGACGUUGCAAAUUGGGUAUGUAGGCUUCGCAAGUCCCUUUAUGGUUUAAAGCAAGUUUCUCGAUCAUGGUUUGAUAGUUUUUCUCAACAAAUUCAACAAUCUGGUUUCCAUAGAAGUACUCUUGACCAUUCUCUUUUUAUUUAUCAAAGCAAGAACAUCUUUACUUGGCUUCUCAUAUAUGUUGAUGAUAUUGUCAUCACUAGAAAUUGUGACAGCCAUAUUUGUGAAGUAAAGAUUUUUUUGAUGAAGAGUUUUAAAGUGAAAGUUUUAGGAGAGUUUAGAUAUUUUCUUGGUGUGGAGCUUGACCGACAACAAGAUACUUUGACAUUGACACAACUGAAAUACACUCUGGAUAGAUUCCAAACCUGUUAGUAGUCCUAGUGUAUUAAAUCAAAAGUUGAGCCCAGAGAAAGGGAAUCUAUAUCAUGAUCCUACAAGGUGUUGCAGUAUUAUUGGCAUGUUACAACAUCUUACAUUCGCUCGGCCAGAUAUUGUAUAUUUUGUGAAUCAAGUGUCACAAUUUAUGCGUGCUCCUAGAAACAGUCAUAUGAAUGUUGUUAAACGAAUCUUAAGGUAUUUGAAAGGCACAAUUGGAGAUAGCCUUGUCUAUUGCAAGAGUGAUUCUUCUUGUAAAAGGCAUGAAUUAAUUACUUACACAAAUGCAAACUGGGCAGGAGAUCCAGAUGAGUGAAGAUCAGUUUCAGGCUAUUGUGUUUUUAUUGGAAGAAAUCUCGUUACUUGGAGUAGUCACAAACAAAAGGCCAUAACUCGAUCUAGUAUGGAAGCUGACUAUAGGUCUGUGGCAGUAGGGACCACUAAAACUACAUGGGUGAGAAAUUUACUGGGCGAAUUAGGAGAGCCUAUUAUUUGAUCCUCCUCAUUGUGUGACAAUCAAAGUGUCAUCAACAUAGCUUUUAAUCCUAUUCUUCAUAGUAGGACAAAGCACAUUGAGAUUGAUCAUCACUUCAUUCGUCAAAAGGUUGAGGAUAAAGAGAUUGAGCCAUGUUCCAUUCACACUGAUAAUCAAGUUGUUGAUUUGCUUACAAAGGGUUUAACUAGUCAUCAAUUUUGGUUUCUCAAGAGCAAGUUGUGCAUGAUAAAAGGAACAUGCACAACUUGAGGGAUGAUGUUAAAGGAUGACCAGAUGGGUUUGGAUCUUGGUCCAGACCCAAACCCAUCAGGAAUAGGUGUUUUAUUUCUCACGUGCCUUUAUGUUUCAUUAAUGGCAUAUGAAGUAAUUUCGUGUACCAUUUGGUUUAUUAUUUUGGCCUUGUAUCUAACGUGAGAUAAUAAUAGGGUUUAGACUGCGUGUAGUUAUCGCAGUCAUCUCCCUUCUCUCAUCUUGUCUUCUUCUUCCUUAUUUUCUGCAAGGCUGAACUGCGGUGAAUAUCAAGACUGAUAUACCAAAAACUGACACCUGUGGAGCAAUCAAUUUCUUUUUAUUUUUUUAUCCAACUUCUUUAUUUUAGUAGAUCCAAGUCUAUGACCCUAAUUGAGCUUGCAUGAUUGUUUGGUGCUGUUGUCAGUGAACUUACUAGUGGAAUUUAUUGCAAAAGGAUUUAAUAUAUCCUCCAAUAUAAAGUUCUUGAAAUUUUUUUCAUGUUGAACUUGGAUAUAUAGAAUGGAACUUCUGAAUUUGUUUCUCCUACUUAUACAGUCUUAGUAGAAAAGAGAAAGAAUUUGCUUCUCCUUAAAUAAAUAUCCUGAAAAAAGUACUUUUCCCUCUAUUUUAAUUUUGAUUUUGCUUUUUUUCCCUACUGUUCUGAACCUUUUCAUUGUCGCCAUAAGAAUUCCACUUCAAAAAGAGAAAUGGCUUUGAGUUCGGUCAAGAAAAAGACCUUUAGCAUGCAUUUGCAUGGAAAAACUUCAGCAAGGAUCUUCAGCUAUUGUGUAGGCAGAUCAUUUAAUGAAAAUGAAACUGUCUGAGUUUAACCUGUGUUUGCUAAUGUUAGAUCAGUUUUGAGCUGCAAGUUGGGAGUUCAUAUUUAUGUAGACUUCAUGUUGUUUACUUACGAUUGAGGCAUGGAUAUCAUCCUGGUAAGAUCAGGGUUGCAUCAAUCUUUAAUGCCACUAAGAUGGAAAGUUGUAGCUUUUUCUGUUUCCAUUUCGAUUGACCUUAAAAUGCUUUGCACAAUUGCUGAGUUAAAAGAUUUGAUGUUUACAUUUUUGCAUUGCCAUUAUUUUGUCAAACCUGUAACCUAACAAGCACUUCGAGUUAUUAACACAGAUAGUAGAUCCUUCAAAAAUUGAAGUGAUGGUGGAUAAAGUGUUAGCAGCAAACCCUAAGCAGCUUGAACAAUAUCAUGGAGGCAAGACGAAAUUGCAAGGAUUUUUUGCUGGUCAGGUGAUGAAGGAGUCAAAAGGGAAAGCCAACCCUGCUCUCCUAAACCAGAUUCUUUUGGGGAAACUAAAUGCCAAAAAUUAAUGCCUUUCCAUGUCCUUCUCAUUCAGCUACAAGUUUGCAGCUGGUAUGUGUGCUGAGUAGUAGCCAGGUCAAAUGUACAAGCAUGUGAGCUGUCAGGAUGUCAUGUGCUUGAUGAUCUGUAUUAUUCUUCAGGAUGAUAAUUUAUAAAUAAAAAGGUUGAAAAAUAUAGCUUGUUUUUUCUAUCAAUAUUGAUAGUAAAAGAAAAGUUCUGAUACACUAAACUAGGUUUACUCGGUCUGGUUGGGUUGAGUUUGAACUUGCACAUGCACUGUGUAAGCAAGCAUCAGAGUAACCUCUUCCAGUUCGUUGUUUUGAAAUCUACAUGAGUGCGUUAUGGAUU